AUGGCUUUGAAGUUUCUGAACAAGAAAGGAUGGCACAUGGGUAGUCUGCGUAACAUUGAAAACGUUUGGAAAGCGGAGCAGAAGCACGAUGCCGAACAGAAGAAGCUCGAGAAACUCCAAAAGCAAAUCCACGAGGAAAGGGAGAAAGCUGAAUUUCGUCAACUUCAGGAACAAGCCGACUUAGUUUUCAAGAACGAUUGGAUUUCUUAUAUGAUUCGGGAUUAUCCUCAAGGAAGGACAAUUCAGAUACGGGGUUCAAGGCUCUUGAAUCUCCCCCACCCCCCCCCCCCCACCCCCCAAACCGGAACCUGA